AUGACCCAAUACCGACAAUACCUUACUGGCAACACAUCUGCCGUCGAACGUGACAUUCUCGGUGGGGGUGGAGCCAACACUGUGUUGACACAGCCUGUCAUCCAAUGUGUCCUGAACAGCACGAGCGAGCAUGUCAAAAAUGGCAUGACAGCAGCCCAGGUUCUCCUCGGCGUCAUGCCCAACGUCCUCGCUGUGAUGGGUCCUUCGACCGAGGAAAUGAGCAUGCUCGCGAAUGUAGCACGGCGACCUCUCCUCGCACUCAUGCGUGCCGCCGGAUCGCCCAGCGUGUACUUCAGCCGGGCCUUUGAAUACCAUGAUCCCGCCCAGAUCCUCCACGACCACCCGAGCAGACUCCCACAGUGGCGCCCAAGCAUGUGGUACUACAAGCUGUCCAUCUCCAUGGCCGAAUACAUCAUCGCCCUGGCUACCAUAGCCAACAUUGCUACUCUCAACUGGGAGCUCGGCGUCAAGGCCACAUGUACCCUGUGGACGAAUCGCACCUUCGGGCCAACGAUAUGGGCACUGCUAGGCCUGGUCGUACACAUUUUCGGAACCAUAGGUCCAAAGAAAGAGGUUCUCGCGGCAGUCAAGAGAAAGGAAGAGUCGGCCUUUCAUAUUCGAGAGAGGCUCGCGCCGGCAGGCGGAUGGAUUUCGAGCAUUCCCAGGCGCUUGCUCGGCCUUCUCAAGACAGAGUCCAUACCGAGUGCCUCGGAAGGCUAUGACGUGCGCAUCGUCGCCUUCCAAGAGAGCAAGCUCUUUUUGGACACGGCCUGGGUUGAAUCCAUGGCCACCGUCCUUCAUAUCAUCUUCGGGACCUGA